CCUAAGGGGCGGUGCCUGCUCUUGACCAGCCCCUGGAGAGGGAAGGAGCCUGGCUCUGAGCUCCGCGUCGCGAUGCGUAAGGUCUGAGGCGCCGUGGGCCCCAGAGGCGGAGCCGGAAGCACUACGGUUUGACCCCCGAGUCACUGUUUUCGAAGGGGCGGCUUUCUUCCUCCGGACCGGCUCCGCCUCCCCUUGCCACCCCCCAUUCUGGAGGAGAGCGAAGCCCCCAGGUCUGGCAGGGGCGGCGCAGGCCAAGCUCCUGGACCCGGAAGAAGCGCUAUCUCCCGCCUCCGCCAUGGAUCCCAUCCCGCUGUCCCUCACCGAGGAGGAUCUGACUGAAGUGAAGAAAGACGCUUUAGAAAAUUUGCGUGUGUACCUGUGUGAAAAAAUCAUAGCUGAGAGACAUUUUGAUCAUCUACGUGCAAAAAAAAUUCUCAGCAGAGAAGACACUGAAGAAAUUUCUUGCCGUACAUCAAGUAGAAAAAGGGCUGGAAAAUUGUUAGACUAUUUGCAAGAAAACCCCAAAGGACUGGAUACACUGGUUGAGUCUAUUCGGCGAGAAAAAACACAGAACUUUCUGAUACAGAAGAUUACAGAUGAAGUGCUUAAACUUAGAAAUAUAAAACUAGAACAUCUGAAAGGACUAAAAUGUAGCAGCUGUGACCCUUUUCCAGAUGGAGCUUCAAGCAACCUCUCUAGAUCAAAUUCAGACAAGAGCAAUUUCUCUGAAAAACUCAGGGCAUCCACUGUUAUAUACCAUCCAGAAGGAGAAUCCAGCACGGCCCCUUUUUUUUCUACUGAUUCAUCUUUGAAUUUACCUGUUCUAGAAGUAGGCAGAACUGAAAACACCAUCUUUUCUUCAACUACACUUCCUAGACCUGGGGACCCUGGGGCUCCUCCUUUGCCACCAGAGCUGCAGUUAGAAGAAGAAGGAACUUGUGUAAACUCGAGUGAGAUGUUUCUUCCCUUAAGAUCACGUGCUCUUUUGCCACAGUGACUGUUCUUUUGCUUUUUAAUUUUUUUUAAUAACAGCAAAAAAUGUUUUACAGGAUAUGAAUUUUUAUGGAGUCUCCAUAAUGACUUCUUAUCAUUUAAUACAUGUAUUUUAAACACAUUAGCAUACUUUGUAAAUAGAAUGUUUUAGAAUAAAAGAAGCAUCUUUUAGGGUAGCUAUAUGUAAAUCAUGUUGAUCAUAUACUUUUAGUAUUUUCUACUUUUUCAUUUUUGGAGUAUUUUAAUGUUUUCAAUGUAUGUUUUUAAAUUUUUUAUGUUUAAUACUAAUUUUAAUAGGGAACAUUUCUCUAUAUGAGUUUAGACUCUUAGGCUGAAGUAUUUCUUCUCAGUACAUUUGUGCUAGAAAUUUUCAGGGCCUAACAGUCCUUUCCAGCCACUGAGUAGUAAAGUUUCAGGAUUAAGCUCUUGUUCCUCUUUAGUAAGAAAGCCAGUCACUGACUGGGAAAACUGCGUGUAAACAGAAAAGAACACCUUUCCCACUUGAUCAGAUUUAUAGGCAUUUACAGAGUACCCUUCUGAUGCUGAAAGAGCGCCUACCUGGUAUUGUCUGAGCUACCUAAGAUCUCAGUUUGCCAAAAUUUAUUUGUAACAAAUCUUACUAAUAAAUAGUAGUUUCUUAAGAUUUUCAAAUUCUUUGUCAUUUUCAUUCCUCAAGAAAAAUAUCUUGGUAUAAAUUUCAGUUAUUACAUGUAAUUUGAGAUUUUAAAAAUAUUUUUUCUGUAUUUUUCAUUCUGUUUUAAUGAGGACAGCUGUACAGUUGAAAUAACUAGAACAAAUUGGGUGUUUUUUGGAUGACAGUUCUGUUUUUAAUACUAUUUGGAACAAGCAGGCCAUUACCUAGACUUUGUCUUUUUUGUUAUAUAUAAAAUUUAACUAAUUUUACACAUGUAUAAAUCUUAAGCUAUUCUUGUUUUCAUUUAAAUUAUAAUUCUACCUGUUUCCUAAUAUCUGUCUCAUGUAUGUUUCUCCUAUUAGUUGCAAAUAGAAGACAUGGAAAUUUGUCAAUGAAAAUAAAGUAAAAUUUGCCCUUAAAAUUUUUUUUAAAUGUUGUAAUAAUGUUUUGGAAGUUUCAAAUUUUUCAAUAAGAAAUCGAGUAUCUAAAUCACACUUUUUUUAUGUGUACCAGUUUCUGUAGAAAAUAUUACUUCCGGGUUGUGAGAUUGAGUUGCAUUUCUGAAUAGACUGAACUUAUCAGUCAUGAGGAAGAUUGGUAUAUUGGCUAUAAAAAACAUUCUAAUGGCGGUAAGAUUUUUAUAGUAUAAUCAUUAUGAAGGAUUAUGAAGAAACAUGUUUCAUUUCCAGCUUAGCAUAAAAAAAUAAUGAUUACAUUUAAAGAAAUCUCUUUACGAACAGAAGCAGGCUUUUCGUUGCAUUAAUUAAAAUAAAAUUCAAUUUUUUUUAAAUUUUAAAUAUAAAAUUUUAAUAGGACAGAGUCAAAGACUAUAAUGAAGAAAUACUCAAUAGCACCUAUAUUUAUGGGUUAGUUUAUAACACUAAGUUUUCUUUCAGACUGUCUGCUAAUGAUAUUCACAAAAUUGAGGUUUUAAUAAACUUGGGAUUUUGGGUUUUCUGAAUCCUAUAAAGUCCAUUUUUUUUUUCUUUAAACACUGAAAACUAAUCAUUGCCAAUAAGGCAGAAAUUAGGAUGACUUGACAUAAUACAAUACAGUUGGUUACUAUGUUGGUUACUGCAACAGUGAAAAAGUUACUUUUCACAGGUACCUAAUUAUCACUUAAUAUAAAAGCAACUCCUUUGAGUUCUCUUUUCAAAAGGCAGUUCAUCUUUGGUCAACAUGAUCGUGGUGCAAGAUCAAACACUGGCAAAUUAGGAUCAGAUUCAGGAUAAUGGCAGUUACAUUUUUAAAAAAAAAUCUUUUUGAUUUUUUGGUUUCUGGGAGGGCUAUUUUGG